UCUUCGACUCUUUUCCUUUGGCGUUAUUUCUUUGUCACCUGGACCUCGAUUCUGCUGUUCCUUAUUCAUGUCACUAUGGGUGCAUCCGUUUUAACGAUAACAGCAAUUUCAAUUGAUCGAUUUUUUCUGACCGUAUAUCCUAUAAAAUAUCGCGUUUCGAUGAACGGAAAACUUAUCGUCGUAUUGUCCGCUUGUACUUGGCUUAUUCCUCCUGGACCUACAGCGAAGGUUUUUCUAUUCCCUUCAGCCAACGCUAACGUUAACGUCAUGGUAUUGUUUGGCAUGAACACUUUCGCGGGAACAGCAAUCGUAUUUUCAAGCGUUGUGUAUGGAUUCACAUACUACAAGUUAAAAAAGCAGUCCAGAAACUUGGCUCUAGGAAAUAUUUCAAAUCGACAGGAGCAGGCACGAGUUAUAAAAGAAAAACAGUUCCUGAGAACGAUUAUUCUUAUAGCUUGCAUUCAAAUCGCUUGUGUCGUUCCUAAGACGAUUAUGUUCAAUGAAUAUAUAUUUGAAACAUUGUUUACACACGGCCGUUUCGCUCUGAUUUGGAGCCGUAUUUUUGCUGUAUUAUUUGACGUCAAUUUUUCUGUCAAUCCUCUUGUGUACGUCUGGCGCUUACCAAAUUAUCGAAGAACGUUUUAUUUACUGUAUUGUUGUAGGCGCCAAGACAGAUAA